AUGGCGUUCCCGCCGGGCGCCCAGCGCAAUCUCAGAAUCGCUAUUCCUGUCUUGAUUGUCUUCUUUUUUAUUGUCUCCACAGCCUGGGUCAGUGGGAUCCUUGGCUCCCUCGCGGAUCGUGUCCGGGACAGCACUGGCAUUGCUUACAGCAAUGGCAAUGGCGCGAUAGGCCCCGUCGGGCUGGGCGAAGCCAUCUCCGCCCUCUACGAGCCCAUCAAGCUCCCCGUCACUGCAAGGACCUACACCGACCAGCGUGGCAAGAAAUUCGAUGUCGGGGGUGCAGAAUACUGGAACCAGCCUCUGAGGAAGGAGGUCCUGAUUGUCGAUAUGGAUACGCGUGACCCGGGAGGGGAAAAUGGGAUAUCCAGCACCGGAAAGAUUGAUUGGGAGUCUGUGAAGGCGGAAGGACCUGGCUUGCUGACCGUUGCCCAUGUCAACCACUUCCUCUACUCGCAAAUCCACGGCUACGACUACAGAUUCAUCCAAGCCAAGAAGAUCAAGGACCACUGGGACUCCUGGAUCAAGCCGCACGUCCUGAAGGAGCUCCUAGGCGCCUACCGGUUCGUCGUCUUCAUCGACGCCGACACCAUCGUCCAGCACCUCGAGGUGCCCCUGGAGUUCCUGUUCAACCGGUGGAACAUCGCGCCCAACGUCACGUCGGUAGCGCUGCCGGUGGACACGCGGCAGAUGGUGGAGGGCAAGGAGAACAUCAGCGCCGACAGCAAGGGGCGGACCGUCCUCAACACGGGCGUCAUCGUCAUGCAGAACCUUCCCCUCAGCCACGCGAUGCUGCGGGCCUGGCAGGAGUGCACGACCGAGAAGAGGUAUCCCGGGUGCGGCCAGUGGAAGACCAAAUGGAGCCACGAGCAGAGGGCCUUCUCCGAGUACAUCCGGUACGACUUCAACCCGGACGGGAAUAACAUCGUGGAAAUACCGUGCAACGAUGCCAACGGGUAUCCAGGACUGGUAGGCCAGGCAUGGGUCGUCGACGACUGCAAGGGCGAGUUCAUGCGCCACUUCACGGUCGACAAGAACUUGGCCAAGGACAGCACGGCCAACGUGCUCCUGCAGGGUAUCGCCGAGGUGCUGCAGGUGAACUUUUUACAAUAUAAAACACGACCUUCAUAG